AAACCAAACUUCUGGAAAGCCGAUCGUCCUUACAGCCCGUCUUAGCGCACUUCUCAAUCCUGGCCUUGACUCUUCCCCGGAGCCGGCACUCAGGGCCAGGAUGGGUCCACUGUUCUACCGGUCAAUCUGCGGCGGCGGCUCCAGUUCCCCUUCGCCCUCCCAUUCGCGGCUCCUCUCUCUGUAAUUUGGUUUCCUCCCUCUCCCUUCGUUUUUUUUUACGCAUCCUCGCUCCCUUUCUUACUCAUCCCAGGUGACCUGACACUGACAGGCUCCCCAUUUGCAGUGACUCGUUGCAUCUCUGAUCUGAGCCGGAUUCCUCUCACUCGCCUUGAAAUGAUCCUUUCGCAUUGCCUCCAUUCGGAGGAAAUCAGAUCACCCACCCUGCUCCUUCGUAAUAUCCGACUGAUCGGGCUGCUCUUCUCGCCCCAACGAUCCCGCCUCCCGGUUCUGUUGCGCCUGUUGUGUAAGCUGUAUGUAGCCUCUUGCUUUCAACCGAUAUCAGGAGGUAUCUGCUCUCAGGUACGUACUCCUCGGUCAGGUCAGUUCAUUGUCAAGGCACAAAGGGUAUACCCAACCGACCCAACCCGGUACGAAGUCAAUGAAAUGACCUAUAGACGUCGUGGAUGCUUGGUCCGUCCUCUAUCCUCUGCUCAACCACUAUUGGCUCCACCCCUUUUCAGGCUCCGUUUCCUGUCUCCAGCCUCAGGUCUAUUCCUUUUUAACGUAUUUUACCCAUUAUGUUUUAUUUAUUUAUUUUAUUUUAUUUUCUUUCCCUGUUCCCCGUCUGUCGUACCCCAUUAUUUGCUGGGUGGGUUUCUGCAUGGCCAGUCGGGUUUUCGCGAUUCAUCCAUCUCUCGUUCUCUCUCUCCACCCAGUCUAUCUGAAAACGUCGGUCCCAAGAAAUCAAAAUAAUAAUUAUUUUAAUAAAAAAAAAAGUCCAAUCAGACUAGGUCAGAAAAACAGACAGAGAGAGAGACAAGAUGUGGAUCCCUGAU